CGGCGGCCAUUUUCUCAUGGUCUCUGACGCAUCGGAGGAUUCAAAUUUUGAAUCUCCCGCUCGCAACAACCGAUGACGGAAGACGUUGAGGGGACGGGGCCAACGUCACUUCCAGGCAGCUGCUCGCGCUGAUUGUGUAAUUCUGCAACGGAUAGGAGAGCGAGCUGUGGAGCGGUGAAGUGGCUGCUGCUUACCGAGCACCGUGCGAGGCGGCAGGCGAUACCAUUGUGCUGUGAGGUAUCGGAGCAUCUUUCUUAGAAGUCACAUGAGUGAGACCUUUUCUAUAUAACUCACUAAUUCACUGAAGAUGGACAAAACCAGGAUUCACAGGAGUGAAACGUUAUUAAAUCUAACCCUGGAAAUCAUCCACCUGCUGACUGGGGAGGAUUAUACAGUUGUGAAGAAAUCUAAAGAGCGUGUUAAACGCUGCAACCCUCCCCGUGCGUCAAAAAAAUUGAGCAAGACCCAGAGCUCCAUCACUAAGGCUCCUCCUCACUCACUGGUACAUGACAGAGACAAUGAUCAGAAGAUCCUGGAACUCACCAACAAGAUCAUUCAGCUGCUGACUGGAGAGGAGGGUCAGUAUAUAGACGAACAGGAGGAAAUGUUUGAGGAAACAACAAUGGAGAAUCACCAGCCCCUCACAUUUGUGGAUGGAGCCAGUAACAGAGCUACCCCAGAGAUACCUUCCAGUCCCCUCCAGUCACAGGACUGUACAGAGGAGAACCACAGUGUUCCUCAAGAGGAUCAGGAAGAAAACCUGUCUUUGGUUAAGGAAGAGGAUACAGAGGAGGAAGAGGAAGAACACCUUCUUGUUAAGGUAGAGGAUACAGAGGGAGAAGAGGACUAUGAGAGAGACGAUCAGCAGUGUGAGGAGGAAAUCCCUACAGAUAUUGGCACAGCAGAUGGAUUUAACACUGAGAUUACUUCAGAGGAACAUUUUGUAUCUCCAGACCAUGAAAUAGAAGGUGAGAACAUAGCGCAAGAUUCGGCAGAUGAAAAUCCUGUUACCCCAUCUAUACAUCCAGUACUUCACAGUGCGGUUGCCUCAUCUGAUCCUGCUUAUCUCGCGGACUAUGCUCCUGAUGACUCUGAUAUUGAAACCUAUAUUAGAGCUCUAGGUGUAGAGUAUCUUUUUCCCAGCUCUAUAGAUGGCAACUGUUUUAGCCAACACAUAGGUAUUAAAACCUAUCAGCCAGCAGAGACAGGUGAGCCACCAUUCCCACGGUCUGGUCGCAGAAAAUAUGUUGGAGACGCAUCAAAUGCUGUACCACGUAAGAGACGCAUCAGAGCAAACAGAAGCAUGCCAUGUCCAGAGUGUGGGAAAUGCUUUAGAGAUAACUGUUAUCUUAUACAGCAUCGGAGACUUCACACAGGUGAGUUGCCGUUCCCCUGCAAUGUGUGCCCCAAACGUUUUAUGAACAAAUCCUCUCUCGCUGUGCAUAUGAGAAGCCACACGGGUGAGAGGCCCUAUUCGUGUUCGGAGUGCGGAAAAACUUUUAUACAUAAAUCACACCGUAAAGAGCAUCUACGAAUGCACACAGGGGAGAAGCCAUAUCUGUGCACAGAGUGCGGGAAAUGUUUUACAACGAAAUCUGCCCUUGACGCACAUACGCGAAGUCACACAGGCGAGAGGCCGUUUUCCUGUGCAGAGUGCGGAAAACGUUUUCAGAAGAAAGAUAAUCUGGUUAUACACGGGCGAAGUCAUACGGGCGAGAAGCCGUUUCCAUGUCCAGAGUGUGGGAAAUGUUAUACCCAGAAGAAACACAUGCUUGAACAUCAGAGAAAACACACGGGUGAGAGGCCGUAUCCUUGUGUGGAGUGUGGGAAACGGUUUAUCAAGAAAUCGCACCUUGUCGUACAUCAGACACUUCACACUCGUAAUAAGUGAUUUUCAUGGAAAUUACGUUGGUGCCCUCAAAUCAUCACAUCUGAUGUCUCUUCUCCGGAUUCCCAAGCGUUGAUGCAGCAAGAUGCCGCAUUCUGUUCUUUCUGCUUUUGUUGUAUCAUCUUUUGCCUUUUUCCCUUGUAUAUCUGAGAGAUGGCCUUAUGUCUGCAUUCCGUACGUUUAUACCUGUGUUGUAUCUCUUUUAAACAUGUUUCCAGGUGUUUUUUGAUUGAUCUUAUAUUGCCAUUUCCCCCCACCCCUUCACUUUUUAGUUUGAAACGUAUUUAAAAUAAACUAUUGAAGUAAAAACAA